AUGAUGUUUAAAAUGGAUGAUCUAACCAUCCAAAUCCUCCAGUUCGAAAACCACCUCCCUUCCUAAUUCUGGGUUCUUCUCUCUCUAUUUCCCCUUCCAUCACACUCUCACUCACUCCGGUGAAAAAAUAUGAUACCGCCGGAACUCCAAGCGCGUCCAUUCAGACCCUACAUAGCAUCCUCCAUCAGUGCUCCUUCUUUUUCAUCCUUCAACAAUGGCCGCUCCUCUUACUCUCCUGAUCCUACCCCUACCCCUACCCCUACCUCCAACUUCCAUUCCUCUCCUUCUAGAUCUCGCUUCCUGCCUUCUUCUUUCGCUCACAACACCAGAAUCGCUCUCGCUCUCGUCCCUUGCGCUGCUUUCCUCCUUGACCUCGGCGGCGCCCCCGUCGUUGCUACCCUAACUCUCGGUCUGAUGAUUUCUUACAUCCUCGAUUCUCUCAACUUCAAGUCCGGCGCAUUCUUCGGUGUUUGGUUCUCUCUAAUCGCUGCUCAGAUCGCUUUUUUCUUUAGCUCAUCCCUCAUCACCACUUUCUAUUCUCUCCCUCUUGGUCUCUUGGCCGCUUGCCUUUGUGCCAAUACUAAUUUUUUAAUUGGUGUAUGGGCUUCUCUUCAGUUCAAGUGGAUCCAGCUUGAAAACCCCACCAUUGUGCUUGCUCUCGAGCGUCUCUUGUUCGCUUGCCUCCCUUUUGCCGCUUCCUCACUCUUCACAUGGGCUUCAAUCUCUGCCGUUGGAAUGAAUAACGCCUCUUACUAUCUCAUGAUCUUCAAUUGCAUCUUCUAUUGGCUAUUUGCGAUUCCUAGAGUUUCUUCCUUUAAAUCUAAACAGGAAGCUAAAUUUCACGGAGGAGAGAUUCCUGAUGAUAGCUUCAUUCUCUCCCCCCUUGAGGGCUGUCUUCAUACUUUGAAUUUACUAUUUUGUCCUUUAUUAUUUCAUAUCGCUUCUCACUAUUCUGUUAUCUUUACUUCUGCUGCUUCCGUCUGUGACUUGUUUCUCCUCUUUUUUAUCCCUUUCUUAUUCCAACUCUAUGCUUCCACAAGAGGUGCCCUUUGGUGGGUCACUAAGAACGCUCAUCAAUUGCAUAGUAUACGUGUCGUCAAUGGUGCUGUAGCUUUGGUUAUCGUUGUGCUCUGUUUGGAGGUUAGAGUUGUUUUCCAUUCCUUUGGGCGAUAUAUUCAGGUUCCUCCCCCUUUGAAUUAUCUUCUUGUUACUCUGACUAUGCUUGGAGGGGCUGCUGGAGCUGGUGCCUACGCCCUUGGUCUGAUUUCCGAUGCAUUAAGCUCCUUUGCUUUCACUGCUUUGUCUGUCAUUGUUAGUGCUGCUGGAGCUAUCGUUGUGGGAUUACCCAUUCUGUUCCUCCCUUUGCCUUCUGUUGCUGGGUUUUACUUGGCUCGCUUCUUUACAAAGAAAAGCCUGCCGUCUUACUUUGCCUUUGUUGUCCUUGGAAGCUUGAUGGUCAUAUGGUUUGUGCUACACAAUUUCUGGGAUCUAAAUAUUUGGUUGGCAGGAAUGUCGCUCAAGACCUUUUGUAAAUUCAUAGUUGCAAGUGUCAUCCUAGCCAUGGCUGUUCCUGGUUUAGCUCUUCUUCCAUCACAACUUCAUUUUCUGGUUGAGGUUGGCUUGAUCAGCCAUGCAUUGCUGUUAUGUUAUAUUGAGAAUCGAUUUUUUAAUUACUCGGGCAUAUACUUCUAUGGCUUGGAGGAUGAUGUGAUGUAUCCAAGUUAUAUGGUUAUUCUGACAGCUUUUGUCGGUUUGGCUCUUGUGAGAAGACUGUCUGUGGAUCACCGAAUUGGAUCAAAAGGAGUUUGGAUUUUGACAUGCCUGUAUUUUUCGAAGUUGGCUAUGCUAUUUAUAUCAUCCAAGUCUGUUGUAUGGGUUUCAGCUGUACUAUUACUGGCCAUUUCUCCACCCCUACUUCUAUACAAGGAUAAGUCACGAACCGCAUCAAAGAUGAAACCAUGGCAAGGUUAUGCACAUGCUAGUGUGGUUGCUCUAUCAGUUUGGUUGUGCCGUGAAACUAUUUUUGAAGCGCUCCAAUGGUGGAAUGGGAGGUCACCGUCGGAUGGUUUGCUUUUGGGCUUCUGUAUCAUCUUGACAGGAUUGGCUUGUAUACCAAUCGUUGCUCUGCAUUUCUCUCAUGUCUUGUCUGCUAAGAGAAGCCUAGUGCUAGUUGUGGCAACAGGUGUUUUGUUUAUUCUAAUGCAGCCACCAAUUCCAUUGGCAUGGACUUAUCAUUCUGAUAUAAUUAAAGCAGCUCGUCAAUCAUCUGAUGACAUCUCUAUCUAUGGCUUCAUGGCAUCAAAACCUACCUGGCCUUCUUGGCUGCUUAUUGUGGCAAUUCUUCUCACUUUGGCAGCUGUGACGUCCAUCAUUCCCAUAAAGUACAUGGUAGAGCUCAGAGCAUUUUACUCCAUUGCUAUCGGGAUUGCUCUUGGAAUCUAUAUAUCUGCUGAGUACUUCCUACAAGCUACUGUUCUGCAUGUGCUAAUUGUUGUUACCAUGGUUUGCACCUCUGUGUUUGUUGUCUUCACCCAUUUUCCAUCUGCUUCCAGCACAAAGAUACUGCCCUGGGUAUUUGCUCUGCUUGUGGCUCUGUUUCCAGUAACAUAUCUGUUGGAGGGUCAGGUGAGAAUCAAAAGCAUCCUGGAAGAUGGAAGAGUUGGAGAUAUGGGAGAAGAAGAUUGGAAGCUCACCACCCUACUGGCUGUUGAGGGAGCGAGGACUUCUCUCCUUGGUUUAUAUGCAGCAAUCUUUAUGCUCAUAGCACUGGAGAUAAAGUUUGAGCUUGCCUCGCUCAUGCGGGAAAAGGCUCUUGAAAGGGGUGGAAUUAGAGAGAGUCAAUCCGGUCAAAGCAGUUCUGCUGGUUCUGCUCCACGAAUGAGGUUUAUGCAGCAGCGCCGGGCCUCUACGGUGCCAACUUUCACAAUCAAGAGAAUGGCUGCAGAGGGGGCCUGGAUGCCUGCGGUUGGUAAUGUUGCUACAAUAAUGUGCUUUGCAAUAUGUUUGAUCCUGAAUGUGAAUCUGACUGGGGGUUCAAACCAGGCAAUCUUCUUCCUUGCUCCAAUUUUGCUGCUUCUAAACCAGGAUUCUGAUUUUGUUGCUGGUUUUGGGGACAAACAGAGGUACUUCCCUGUUGCAGUUGCUAUAUCAGCAUAUUUGGUAUUGACAGCCCUAUACAGCAUAUGGGAAGAUGUCUGGCACGGGAAUACUGGGUGGGGUCUGGAGAUAGGGGGCCCUGAUUGGUUCUUUGCAGUUAAGAAUCUAGCCCUUCUCAUUCUGACAUUCCCCAGUCAUAUCCUUUUCAACAGGUUCGUGUGGAGUUGCACAAAGCAGACAGGCUCGACGCCAUUGAUCACGCUGCCCCUUAAUCUUCCAUCCAUCAUAAUAUCAGAUGUGAUUAAGAUUAAGAUAUUAGGGGCCUUAGGAAUUAUUUAUACAGUAGCCCAGACUCUAAUAUCUAGACAGCAAUAUAUCUCUGGAUUGAAGUACAUUUAGACAAAAUAGAAGGUGUACAAUAUGUUUUGGAAAUUUUCCAAGUGAGGAGGUGUUAAAAGUUGAGGUUACAACUUGUACUUUAUCUAAAGGCCGGUGCUUCUUGUUGAACAGCCCCCCCACUUCCUUUCAGAGUGUGUUUAUAGCAAAUCAUUACACAAAUACUUGUAGGAUUAAAACUGAUCUACAAUUUUUAGCUAUAUGAACUGGCGCACCAAUUGGUCAA